CAAAAGAUAUCCCAGUUUAUCAUAAUCAUCAUCCCCAGCGGCCAUCCUAGUGCUUUUGAGUCGCAAACACGAGCGCACACACACCAUGGAGACACCAGAAGUUCCUCAAGAUGCUCUUCGACUCAAUGCUCUUGCCGCCCAAAAUGCGAACGUCUCGAGAACAGUCUACGCUCAUGCAUCCGAGCGAUCGACUACAAAGCGCCAGAAGCUAGACGCGUCCGAGGACCCCAUCAUCAAGAGACGGUUCCACAACGAAUACUCAGAUGUCGAGACUUUACCGCCAUCAAUUACUGCGAAGCUUCCAACGAAACAGCCUGGGAAGAAAACGUCUAAGGCUGGCGUGCCUGCUCGCCCAGCAAUGAAACUCCUCGAGGGUGCGCCUAGUUCGGACAAGGCAUCUGCUCCUGCUGCCAGGGACGAAAGCACACCACAGAACAUGAGCCUUACGUCAAGAGGAGUGCAAGGCAUUCAGCAGCAGAAACCAGAAUGGCACGCGCCAUGGAAGUUAAUGAGGGUCAUCUCUGGUCAUCUCGGCUGGGUGCGCAGUCUGGCUGUUGAACCUGGCAACAAAUGGUUUGCAAGCGGCGCAGGAGAUCGAACUAUCAAGAUUUGGGACUUGGCCACGGGCUCGCUGAGGCUGACUCUUACUGGACAUAUCAGUACUGUGCGCGGUCUCGCAGUGUCCGCUCGUCAUCCUUACCUCUUCUCUUGUGGCGAAGACAAGAUGGUCAAGUGCUGGGAUCUCGAGACUAACAAAGUCAUUCGUCACUACCACGGACAUCUCAGCGGUGUCUAUACUCUUGCCCUACAUCCAACACUCGAUGUUCUGGUCACUGGCGGUCGCGAUGGUGUUGCGCGUGUCUGGGAUAUGCGGACCAGGAGUAACAUUCACGUCCUGUCUGGCCACACCCAGACGGUUUCCGAUCUUGUUUGUCAAGAGGCUGACCCUCAAGUUAUCACCGGAUCUUUGGAUUCGACAGUCCGACUCUGGGAUCUCGCAGCUGGCAAGACCAUGGGUGUGCUAACUCAUCACAAGAAAGGUGUCCGUGCUCUAGCAACACAUCCAUCAGAGUUCACAUUUGCUAGCGGCAGCACAGGGAGCGUCAAGCAAUGGAAGUGCCCUGAAGGUGCUUUUAUGCAGAACUUCGAGGGCCAUAAUGCUAUUAUUAACACGAUGAGUGUAAACGAGCAAAAUGUCUUCUUUACAGGAGGCGAUAAUGGCUCCAUGAGCUUUUGGGAUUGGAAGACUGGCCAUCGAUUUCAAUCUCUUGAUACCACAGCUCAACCUGGUUCUCUUGAUGCUGAGGCAGGUAUCAUGAGCUCAACGUUCGAUCGCUCUGGCCUACGUCUGAUCUGUGGUGAAGCUGAUAAAACAAUCAAAAUCUGGAAGCAAGACGAAACAGCAACAGAAGAAUCACACCCCCUCGAAUGGAAGCCCACACUGGCCCGACGAAAGUUUUAAAGGAGCGAUUAGAGGUAGUAUUUUUUUUUUUUUUUCAUAUUAAGGAUGAAUUGUCGCAGGACGCCGUUCGGGUUCUAUACUACACUACAACUGUUAUACACCGAUACCCAAAGCCUUAAGGUCUCCGUCAUCACGGAGGGCCAUCUUCACUUCAUCGUCUGCAAUAGAAAGACGGAGCUUACUGGAUCUCUCUGCGCGCUGAGCUUCAAGGUUAAUCAGGCCGGCUGCUACUAAUUCGAGCGCCGCUGUGUGAAUGUGACCGGGUCUGGUCAUUGGGCGCUGACUUCCUAUCUGCGUUCCUUUCAGGCCAUUAUUGAGAACUGCUGCUACCCCUGGAAGCGCUGCUGGAGCUCGAAGGCAGGCACGGUGUAUCUCAUCGAGGGUAUCCCCAAAGGUUGUCUCGGCAAGACCUGUUCUUCGAAUUCGCAGCAAAAGGGCUGCCAUGACAAGCUUGGACAUCAAAGGCAGGCUUCGAAGGUGUUGUUGGAUGGGAUUAGUGGUUGCCUCGUUGAUGGCCUUCUUGAUUGUCGCAAUCGUAACACGACCUGAACCUUUGGGCUGCGUUUGACUGUCUCGCUUGCUUGGAGUUGCGGGAUCACUAGGAGCAUCAGCCUCGGCGAGCUCUACAGCUCGGCGGCAUAUGUCAAGGGCCCUCCGGGCGUCACCACUGACUGCGGCUACCUUUCGGCUAGCGAACUGUAUAGCGUCCGGAUCUACGAUAUUUCCAGGAACUCCUUCUAGUCGUGACUGAAUGAUCUUCAUCAGUUGUUCGUGAUUGUAACCAGGGAAUGUGAUACGUGUUAGACCUGGGUUUUUGGUUAAUAUUACAGCAAUGUGUCAGAUUGAGAUAAUACCUAGUCGACUGCUGAUCUUAUUGCUGAGGGUUCUUUCAGGAAGGUCCAUGGUGUUUGCAACUGCAAGUACAAUAAGACGGCUAUGUCGCAAAGUGGGCCAGUUGAAGAAGUUGUACAUGACGGCCUGAUUCUUUGUGACUAGUUGGUCAAGCUCAUCCAUGAGUACAACGCAGGGAAUUCGGCGAGGGCUAGGGUUGCUGAACUCUCGUUCCAGAUGAUCAAGAGCCUGCGCUGGACUGGCUCUCUCCCCUUUAAGGGCUUCCCAGAGAAGAGUAUAGGAUUGGUGAGGGUCCGUGAUCUUCAUACCAUUGAUCUCCACGAAUAUGAAAUCGUCCAGCUCAUCAGAGCCUACAGCUUCUUCGAGCCUGGAGACGACCUCGCGGACCGUCGCUGUUUUCCCUGUUCCAGGUGUUCCAGAAAUAUAAAUACAGUUACCUGUGCCAUCGGAAAUAGCUGCUUCAAGAUGAGAAUAAACCAAAGAAAAUUCUACUUCCCGACAAGGAAGACUGGUUGGGACCGACGAG